AUGGCAGAUUCAGUGAAAUCACAGGCCAAUGCGUCGUCAGGUAGAACACUCUUUCCCAAGGGCCCAGCUUUCACACUCGAGAACUUUUCGAACCGCGACUUCAUUGUGAAAGACUUCAUUGAGUCCCUUUCCGACAGCGUUCAACCUUCAAAUCGACGAUCACAACCUGCAAAUUCACCCUUUGACCCUAAACCUUUCAUUCGUACGUUUGAGCAAGCGCAGCGGCGCCUGACCGACUUGUCUGGUGACCUCGAGCUGCGGGAAAACGAGCUAUCGGCAGCUGUGCGAAAGGCGGAAGCGCAACAUGCGUCAAAUACGGAAACAUUGGGGGAGAAACUGAACUCGACCAUCAACAGCUUCAACAAACUCGAUACUUCCUUAAAGUCGUCCUCCAAAGAAAGAUGGGGAGGAAAUGCUGCUGUGGAAACUGGCAAAAGGCUCGAAGAGCUGGAUCGUCAAAGAAGGAGAGCAUUAGAUGCCCACUUCUUGAUCGAAUGCUGGGAGGAAGUGAGCAACAGAGGCGAGCUUACUCUACUCGAAAACUUACGAAGGUCUGGCACAGGGGAGGGUAAAAUCCGCUCGGCACAUAUUGCUCGACAGUUGCUCAGGAUAAGUCAGCGUCUGGAUCCGAACAGCUGGGCUUCUACAGACGGGGCAAGAUAUACCAAUGGUGUGACCAAUGGAAACACAAACACGCGCAAUCGAAACACCAGAGAGAUUAUAGAAAAGUUCUCAGAGACCCUGGAGAAAGACCUGUUAAAAUCAUUUGAUGACUUUUAUCGAAGACAGAAUUUCGAUGGUAUGAAAGACUGUGCUUUGGUGUUGCAGGAUUUCAAUGGUGGCGCUAGCGUCAUGGCCGCUUUUGUAAAUCAGCACCAAUUCUUCAUCGAAAGAAACCAGCUCGUUACCGAAGAAGUUGGUGGUGACCAGGAGACUUGGAUGCGGCUGUCAGAUCCAGAUGCCGAGCUGCCAGGGAUUGAGCCAGGCUUGCAGUCUUUGAUUGAUGAGGUCAAGGUCGUGGUGCAAGAGGAGUCAAGUAUCAUCAAGCGAGCAUUCCCUUUCUACGAGCAAGUUCUUGGAAAAUUUAUACAAAGAGUAUUCCAGCAAUCCAUACAACAACGAUUAGAAAUGGUAUUAGAGAAGGCGAACUCGGAGUCAUCUCUGGCAUUCUUACGCUCAUUGCAAGCGGCACGCAGCUACAUAAACGCCCUGGUGGAUGACUUGAAAGCUCAUGGUCUGACGGAGCAUCCCGAAAUCAUCUCAUCCCAAACAUCCUUGAUCCUUGAUCAGCAGCUCGAAGAACUGUUCGUUCCCUACUUUGGCGGCUCAUACAUUGACAAGGAGAAACGCAAUUUGGAAGAGCUCUACAAAUCGUUGAUGUUCAAAUUUGAGUUAUUCCAUUCCAGGCGGCGGAAGGCGCCGACCACAUACCUCGCAUCUCUACGGAAUCAAGGAAGAGAAUUAUUAGCUUCAGCGAGAGAAGCAGCCGACGCCUAUGUCAAGAGUCUUGACCUCGAGAAGAUGUCUUCUACGCAGAAAAGAAUGCUAUUGUCAGUUGCUGGGCUAAAGGAUGCGGACAAAGCGCAAGAGGAAAUCGAGCUCACCGAAGAAGAUGGGCGGCUCAGCAUUCCAUUUGCCAAAAGAAUGCUGAAAUGGCUAGCCGAGGGAGUUGGUCGAGGUCUGGAGCUGAAUGGGGGAAGCGAAACCCCCAAGGAUGUGGCUGCGCUUCUUGAUAUGUUGCUAGAGAAUAUGGGAGCAAAUUACGUCGAAUUUGCGCUUGACGCUGCUAGUGAUCAGGCCGCUGCUGCAGAGGCAGCCAAGAAGGAACCGGAUCUAUCGUAUCUGGCGCACCUGCGAACAGCAACCAGCAUCACACAUUUGAUGAUUACCUGCAUCAAUACUGUGUUGAUCCCAUUGGCCGCUUCAAGCAUAACUAUACGCCGGGAGAUGGAAAAGAACACUAACCUGGCCCUUAACAGGGUCGAAGACACAAUCAAUGUCAUUGAGCAGCGUACGGUCGAUGCUGUACUGAAUUGGACUACGAAACUGUUAGCUAAGCAAGAACGCAACGAUUUCAGGCCACGAGACGAUGAUCUUGAUUCCUCAUUGAUGCAGCUUCAAACACCUACCUGUGAUUCUAUCUACCGAUUUCUUACCUCCUUCCAUACGCUGGCGUCUCAGGCCCUCGAUGGUAUCAACCUCACCAUUCUCUUGACUGAAGUUGCCAUUGGCUUCCGCAGCCAACUCCUUGAUCACUUCAAAAAAUGGCAGGUAAAUGCCACUGGUGCCUUGAUGGUCACCAAAGACAUUACGAAGUACCUUGAUCUGCUGCGAUCAUGGCCACUGGAUGCCAGCUUCAUUUCGACGCUGGAGAUCUUGGCUGAGAUUGGAAACCUCUUCGUGAUUGGGCCAGAGGCUUUGAGGGAAAGACUGAGGGCUGGUGCUGGAGGUGGCGCACUGGCUGGAGUAGGCAAGGAAAAUUUGAGGCCUUAUGUCCUUAAGAGAGAGGAUGCAGGGAGUGUAGGAAUACAGAGCGUUUUGAACUCGCUGUGA